UGGCUGUGGUGAUGCAUAUCCUUCUCUCAUCGUUGCGCGCGUCUUCUCAUACACUCGUUUGACUGGGGAAAAAGUCCCGAUUCCACCGGUGCGAUCUCGAGUCGAAGCACUGUCCUGUCGCUACAGCUUUUCCUUUGUUCCAUUGCACUGACGACUCACGACGAUACGCGCCCAGCUACAAUUUGUUGAAGUACCGUACCACUCCGGCAGAUAUCUUCUAUGACCACGGCACGCCUUUGCUUCGUUUCGCUUCUUUUCGUUCGGCAUGGCGACGCCGCCAGAGCAGCCUUGGACUAUUCAUGAAAAGAAUUAUUUACUGGCCGAGAUCAUCAAAGGCGCAUAUCCCACGCCGGAUGUGCUGUUGAAUUUGGUUCGGAAUAUGAAUGUCAAGCCUCGCUGGGACGAUAUUCCCCUUCCCCUGGUUCAAGCCAUUCUGGCUCCUCGUCCGGCAAGCGACGCCGAGCCCGAUCGACCAAGGCUGAGCAGGACGAAUUUGGGACAUCACGAGAAGGGGGCGGCCAAGGCGAACCACGAUACGAAUCGCCUUACGGAAGGCCCGGACCUGAAGCGGACGAUCCUCCAGCCCGCACCGCCGUGCUACGACAUCGCGAAGGACAUCCGGAUCUCCUGCGUGUCGCCUCGCCUCACCCUACCAGCACGACGAGCGGCACGCCGCCGAGCUUUCAUACUCACGGCCAGCCUAGACCACGCUGACGUCCAUCACUUGAUUACGACGUCUACGCAUCAUGUUUGA